CGGUUUGUGUGCUACAGUUAAAAAGUCCCCUCCGUAGUAUACUGCGCACCCCCCGUAACUAGUGGAAGUCGGCCUGUUUCGACUGCGAAGCCGACUAGUCUCGCGUAUAUGCACAAGAUUUUAGAUCGAUCGCGACAUGGCGAAUGCUCCACUGUAUUUACCAUACUGGAUCUCUUCUACUCUAGUUGCCAUGGACUGAUUCGAAGAUGGAGAAGGCAAAUGAAAAUCGAAAUCUGUAUCAUGGAAGAAAGAAGGGAAUUUCAAAGUUAAGACCACCGCAAUUGACUACAAACAAAUUUGGUUUUGUUAAAGAGUCUUGUGUUGCGGAGAAAGCUGAAUUUGAACAGUUGGAGAAACAAUCAAAAGUCUUUUGUAAAGAGAAUGUUCCUAAGACAGAAUUUAAACAAUGUGAUUUAAAAUUAGGAGAUCCAGUUUGUAUAAGUGGAGUUAAAAAAGGAAUACUGAGAUACUAUGGAGAGACGAAAUUUGCUGAUGGGAUAUGGUGUGGAAUUGAAUUAGAUGAGCCUGUUGGAAAAAAUAAUGGCAUUAUUGAGGGUGUUCAAUAUUUUCAAUGUAAAGAAAAUCAUGGUAUUUUUGCACCUGUGUCUAAAGUUCAGCUUAUUUCUAAUGCUGAACCACCACACAAUGCCCAACAGCCAGUAUCAUCAAAUUUUAGAGUUGAUAAUUUUCAACAAGUGCAUAAAUUUUCAUAUAAGAAUUUAACAGAUUUUAGAAGGACUAGUUCUCCAAAAGAAUCACUAAGUCAUUUAACUUUCUGUGCUGAUCAAGAAAGUAGAAUACCUUUUCCAAAUUACGUUGGAACCAAAAAAGAUAGCCAUUCUGAACAAUGUUUGUCAUUUGUUUUAAGAAGGAAUUCUGGCUUUGGCAAAGAUAACAAAAAUUUAUCUGUAAAGGAAUUAAAAGACUGUGAAAAUUUAUGCAGUGAUACAUUUGUAAGGAAUGAAAAAGAAGAAUCUGCAAAAAUUAUGCCAUCAUCACUCUUAAUAGAUAAAACCACGCACUCUACAGAGAGCUUGACAGUAGCAUUCCCAGAAACAAAUGCAAAAGCAGAUGUGUUAGAUAAAGAUGAUCUAAAUAGUACAUUUACAUUGGACAAGCCAGCUGAAAUUUCAGAGACCACUAUAGUAAAAGAUCAAGAUGCACUCAAUACAACAUUUGAUGUAGAUUUAUCUCCUAUAAAUGAUAAUUUUAAUAAAUUAAGUGAUCCCUGCUUAAAAUUAAUUUCUGAUCUUAAUUCAACUUUUACAUUGGAAACUACUACAGAAUUUGAGAAAGGUAAAGAAGAACCAAAAGAGAAUGAAUGUAAUUUUUUAAAAUCAGAAAAAAAACUGAGCUUUGAAGAUGCAUUUGAUAUUAAUGAUAUAGAUGAUGAUCAACCAUCUUUAGAUGAAAGUUUAGGUAUUUUGACUCCAAACCAAAUGAAAGAUUUUUCUAUAGACCAACAAGGUGUGAUAGUAUUUGAUGGAGAUAUGUUUAGAAUACCAAAAAUGGCAUCCUGUGAUAAUAUUGAUGAUAUACCAGAAGAUGAAGUUAAAGAAACUUUGUCUCAUUUGAAUGAUCCAUAUGUACAGAUUUUAGCUGAAAAUAGGGAAAAUGAUUUUGAAAGUGCAGAUCUACUCUAUGAAUCUAGGACACUUCCUAAAAGCACAAAAAAUACUAUAGACAACAAUGAUGAAUUUGAUGAAGUUUCAAAGAAUUCCAGACAAACUUCAACACCAUAUGGAAAUACUAGGACUUUAAAAUCAGAAUUUCCUUCUAGUCCAUUAAUUGGUUCUUCAGAGUUUAAUAUGGGUGUUGAUUCUUAUGAUAAGAAUUUGAAAUUGGUAAUGAAAGAUCAAACCAAAACAGAUACAACUUUGGGAGAUAUUGUUACUGACAAUAAGAAUAUUGAAAGAAAAAUAAAUGAAAUUGAUCAAGAAGAAAUACCUUCAUGUUCAUUUAUACAUAAUAUAACAUUUUCCAACCAAAUUGAUGGAGAUGAUGUAAAUUUUGACAGUGAGUUAAAAUCCUUGAAUGAUGAUAAAGAAAAAGUUUCAGCUAUAUCGAAUGAAAAUCUACAGAUUUCCAUUGAAAAUUUAAACAUGCAACAUAUUUCUGACAAUAAUUGCAAUAAUGCUCCUUUGACCAUUGAUUCUGAAAUUUCUGAAAAUAACUUUUUAACAAAUAAUAUUCCUAUAUGUAGUGAUACAAAUGUUUUAAUGAAAUCUGAUAUUGAAGUUAUAAAGGUUGAAAGACCAGCUUCAACUUAUACAACUGGAAGUACAGAUACAGGUUAUCAAGAAGAUGGAGAUUUUGAUGUGCAGAGUGAAAUAAGUGCUGCAGUACCAUCACCUUGUUCAGAAAUUCCUACCCAUUCUAUAUACAAUAGUAAUAGAAAUAUGGGUCUUGAGGAUAAUGAGAGACAUCAAAUAGAAAUGAGUGAUUCAGAUUUUUUUACUGAUUCUGGUGGAGUUGGCUUUACUACUGAAAGUGAAAUGGAAACUGAUGGAGAGUGUAAAAUGGUAUCUGAUUUUACUGUUGAAAGUAAUGGAAUGGAUACAGUUGUUGAACGGAACAAUCAAAAUGAAGAUCAAAGAAAUGUCAUUUUGACCACUAAGCAAGAUGAUACUUUAAAAGAAAUUAUUUCAGAAAAUGUUUCUGAAGAUUUAGCUAAAGAUGUUACUGUGUCUCAAACUGUGACAUCUUCACUUAAUUCAGUCUGUGACUCAACUACUACUACAAUUUAUACUACUACUACUACUACUAAUAAUAAUAAUAAUGAUAAAAAUAUUACUGUUGUAAAUGAAACAAUAGAUUUAAGUGAAAGAAAAUUUUCAGGAGUUGAAAAAACUAAUAGUUUUAUCAUUUCUGGUAAAGAAGAGAACUCUUUGAAAGAAAAUUCAGACACACAAAAGCAUUUAUUAAAAAAUAAAACAUGGAUUAAGACAAAAGAACCAAAUAAAACUAAGAAGGAUAAUAUAUUGAAAGCAAGAACUCAGAAUGAGAAUUUACAAACUUCUGAAAAAAGACCGAAAAAGAAUGUUGUUUCAAAAAUAAAACUUAUGAUCGAAACAUCAGUGUCAAAAACGCCAAAAAACAAUGAAAAUUCUCAAAAAACAAAUCGUCUUAAAAAGAACCGAUGGGAUGAUGUCACUUCAAAAAUCGCAGCAAGUUUAGCAGAAGAAAAAUCCAAGGUUAAAACUAAGAGAGAGAUUAAAAGUAGAAUUGACACAAAUCUUAGUGUAGCAAAACAAAUUCCUUCAAGGAGAUCUUCACAACUUGAUUCUACAAGAACAAGUUUUUCUAUAGAAAACGAAAAUACUUCAAUAACUGAUUCUGUUAAUACUAAAAGGAUAAAAAAUGUUCAAAAGUAAGUAUAAAUUUAUUUGUAAUAAACUUUUAUAAAUUUAAUCAGAGGAGUUCGACAAAAAAUUUUGACAAAACAGAUUUUUUCUUAAAACAAUGUAGAAAUGUAAUAGAAGUUAAUUUGAUAAACUUGAAGUGCCAAUUGAAACAAAAUCCUAGAUUUAACAAUGCAAUUUGGAUUAAUAUAUAAAAAACUAA